GGAUUUUUAAUCACUGCUAUGUUGAAAUUAUAACUAAUAUUGAUACUGUUGUUCAUUUUUGUUUCACUAUUUUUGGUUUGUUCUGUGUCGUGUUUGUGUCUCCUCUCAAUUGCUCUGUUUAUUGCAGUUCUGAGUGUUGCUGGAUCGGGUUUGGUUUUGGAGUUGGAUUGCAUUGUUAUGGUGGUGGAGAGUGGAUGCUGAUGGGGGACGAAAAAGAGACCUGGAAAGUUAAAACGCUUGAUGAAAUACUUCAGGAGAAAAAGCGCAGAAAAGAAUUAGAAGACCGAACAGACGCAAAGUGCCAAAAAAAUUUUUCCCAGAACAGUGUACCACAGGCGGAUGCUCGGGAAGCCAAGCGAGAGACCCCGGAGGAAGGAGAACUACGGGAUCCAAAGAUGGAAAUAACAAUUCGUAAUUCCCCAUACCCCAGGGAAGACUCAACAGAGGACAGAGGCGAGGAAGAUGAUUCUCUAGCAAUUAAGCCUCCACAGCAAAUAGCAAGGAAAGAGAAAUCUCACCACAGAAAAGAGGAGAAGAGAAAAGAAAAAAGACGUCGUCGCAGUCACUCUGCUGAAGGAGCAGGGAAACAUGCACGGGUCAAAGAUAAAGAGAGUAAAGAGAGGGAGCGCGAUCGCCGGAAGCGUCAGUGGGAAGAAGACAAAGCCCGGCAAGACUGGGAACGACAGAAACGAAGGGAGCAAGCCAGAGCUCAUUCACGCAGAGAGAGACCCCGACUGGAUUCUCCUGGGUUUUUUUUGGACCACAGGGACCGUCUGGAACAGCAGGAGCGCCAACGCGAGCGUGACCGGAAACUGCGUGAACAGCAGAAAGAGCAACGGGAUCUGAAAGAUCGAGAGAGGCGGGCCGAUGAGCGGCGUAAAGAGCGAGAGGCCCGGCGAGAUGUGCCGUCACACCAACGGAUGUUACCAGACGAGUAUGGUGAGAAGUCAAAACAAAACCACCACAGCCGCAGUCCUGUUCGGAUUCCCAGGGACAGACCAGAACAGGGUGAAUUACAGAAAAGUACAUUAAAGGAGGAUAAACCAGAGCUUGACGACUUGCUGGCAGACCUUCAAGACAUCAGUGACAGUGAAAGGAAAACCACCUCUGCUGAAUCUUCCCCAGCAUCAGCAUUUGCCUCUGAAGAGGAGGGGGAGGAGUCCAGCAGCCAAAGUGAUGAGGGUGAAGAAGGUGAAGAAGAAGGGGAGGAGGGAGAGGAGGACGGCUCUGUCUCGGCGUCUGGUUCAGGGAGAUCCGAACAGAGUGCAGAGGAUGUGAGUGAGGAGGAUCAGUCCGAAGACGAGUACGAAGAGGAGCCAAAUGGAAACCACAUACCUGCAGUACCAGAGUCCCGUUUCGACCAUGACACAGAGGAAAGUGGUGAGGAUAUGGAGGAUGAGGAAGACGAGGGGGAGGAAGAGGCAGAGGAUGGUGACCCUACGCCUUUGUCUAAGACACAGUCGCGCACACCCACCCCUGAGGGGAACUAUGUUCCAGACUCCCCUCCGAUUUCACCUGUGGAGCUGAAAAAGGAGCUACCCAAAUACCUGCCUGCUUUACAGGGCUGUCGCAGUGUGGAAGAAUUCCAGUGUCUGAACCGAAUAGAGGAAGGAACGUAUGGUGUGGUGUAUAGAGCCAAGGACAAAAAGACUGAUGAAAUUGUGGCCUUGAAAAGGCUAAAGAUGGAGAAGGAGAAGGAGGGCUUUCCUAUCACGUCUUUAAGAGAAAUCAAUACUAUAUUGAAAGCUCAGCACCCCAACAUCGUCACAGUGAGGGAAAUAGUUGUUGGAAGCAACAUGGACAAGAUCUACAUUGUCAUGAACUAUGUUGAGCAUGACCUCAAGAGUUUGAUGGAAACCAUGAAGCAGCCUUUCCUGCCAGGGGAAGUCAAGACGCUGAUGAUUCAGCUGCUGCGAGGAGUGCGUCAUCUCCAUGAUAACUGGAUUCUCCACCGUGAUCUGAAGACGUCCAACCUGCUGCUUAGCCACAAGGGCAUCCUGAAGAUUGGUGACUUUGGUCUAGCCCGUGAGUAUGGGUCCCCCCUGAAGCACUACACUCCUGUGGUGGUGACCUUGUGGUACAGAUCCCCAGAGUUGCUGCUGGGAGCCAAGGAGUACUCCACAGCUGUCGACAUGUGGUCUGUGGGCUGCAUAUUUGGCGAGCUCCUCACCCAGAAACCUCUCUUCCCUGGAAAAUCUGAAAUUGACCAAAUUAAUAAAGUAUUCAAGGAUCUGGGGUCACCCAGUGAGAAAAUUUGGCCGGGCUACAAUGAGCUUCCUGCUGUGAAGAAGAUGUCUUUCACAGAGUAUCCCUACAAUAACCUGCGAAAGCGCUUUGGUGCGCUGCUCUCGGACCAGGGCUUCGACUUAAUGAACAAAUUCCUCACCUUCUGCCCCGCUAAGAGGAUCUUGUCUGACGAGGGGCUUAAGCACGAGUACUUCCGCGAGACGCCGCUGCCCAUCGACCCAUCUAUGUUCCCCACCUGGCCGGCUAAAAGCGAGCAACAGAGGGUAAAGAGAGGCACCAGCCCUCGUCCGCCCGAGGGAGGCUUGGGCUACAGUCAACUGGGUGAUGACGACUUAAAGGACACAGGCUUUCACCUGACUACCAGCAAUCAAGGAGCGUCUGCUGUGGGACCAGGAUUCAGCCUCAAAUUUUGAGCCUGAGUCCACAUGGAAAGAGCACGGAAUGCCUGCCUGUGGACUGAACUGUAAACAAGAUCAAUCUGUGAUCAAUUAUGACUAUUAACGAGGACUGUCUCACAGCAAGACUGGUGGCGCAGAUGUGUUCCACUUCCAACACUUACUACUGCCCAUGUUACCAUCUCCCAUGUGGCAAUUUUAGGAGUUAACUUAGUGCUUCUGUUUUGUCUUUUAUUCCACUUAGUUCACUUCAUGAGAGAGGCUCCAGUUGUAUAAAUGGUCAUUGCAGAUGGCAGCCUGAGCUACUGUACCAUUGUACAACAUUAGCUUUUCCAUCGAGCACUAUUACGACUGUUCACUGAACGAUAAGGGCAUAUUUUUUUGUCUGGAAAUAAAGUUUGAAACUGUC